GAAAGUUCUACACCCUUCUGGUCUUGUUGGUGCAUUGCGCACCUUCCAGACAAAUCUUCUCAUUCCCAUUCUCCCUACUAAUAUUCGAUUUGCUAGCUAACUCUGAUCAUCGCAACGAGACCAUAAGCUUGAUCCUCCAAGAUAACAAUAGCACCUUCAGAUUUCAGAACAAGAAGAAUUUUCAAGCACGACGAAUAUGGGAGUGGAUUACUACAAGAUUUUGCAGGUUGGCAAGAACGCCACCGAUGAUGAGUUGAAGAAAGCUUACAGAAAGCUUGCCAUGAAAUGGCACCCUGAUAAGAACCCCACCAAUAAGAAAGACGCUGAGACUAAAUUCAAACAGAUUUCUGAAGCCUACGAGGUUCUAAGUGAUCCUCAGAAGAAAGCAAUUUAUGAUCAGUAUGGAGAAGAAGGGCUUAAAGGGCAAGUGCCACCUCCAGAUGCUGCUGGUGCUGGUGGGACCUCAUUCUUCCAAACUGGAGAUGGACCAACAACGUUCAGGUUCAAUCCCAGAAAUGCAGAUGACAUCUUUGCCGAGUUUUUCGGGUUUUCAAGCCCGUUUGGAGGCAUGGGUGGUGGUGGUGGAAUGAGGGGUGGGUCUAGGUCCUUUGGUGGAAUGUUUGGUGAUGACAUGUUCAGUUCAUUUGGAGAAGGAAGGCCUAUGAGUGCACAGGGUCCUCGCAAGGCACCUGCAAUAGAAAAUAGAGUGCCUUGUAGCCUUGAGGAGCUAUAUAAGGGGACUACCAAAAAGAUGAAGAUCUCAAGGGAGAUUGCUGAUGCAAGCGGGAAAACUUUGCCUGUGGAGGAAAUCCUAACCAUUGACAUCAAACCCGGGUGGAAAAAGGGGACAAAGAUCACGUUCCCAGAGAAAGGAAAUGAGCAGCCAAACAUGAUUGCUGCGGAUCUUGUGUUUGUUAUUGAUGAGAAACCUCACAGUGUAUUUACAAGAGAUGGUAAUGAUUUGGUUGUCACACAAAGAGUAUCACUGGCUGAAGCUCUAGCAGGCUACACUGUCCAUCUCACAACACUGGAUGGCAGGGCUCUGAGCAUUCCCAUAAACAAUGUGAUUCAUCCAAGCUAUGAAGAGGUGGUCCCCAGGGAAGGCAUGCCUAUUCCAAAAGAUCCUUCAAAGAAGGGUAAUCUCAGGAUCAAAUUCAACAUCAAAUUCCCAGCGAGGUUGACCUCAGAGCAGAAAGCUGGAAUUAAGAAACUUCUGGCGCCAUAAUAGUCUAUGCUCUCUCAUUAUUAUUUUGUGUAGUUUGUGCAAUGAGUUAGUUGAGGUGUGACAUUUUGAAUUAAGGUUGAUACUUGAUACAGAGUAACUAGAAUUGUUGUGGUAUCAGCCUUAAAACUUUGAGGUUAAUAGCUACGUGAUUUUGGAAAUGAGUUCCCUCCAUUUAGAUAUUAGUGAUUAAACAAAGGUUCAGAACAUCAUACAUGAUAUAGAGAUAACUUGGUUUAAGAAGCACACACGCAUCUAUUUCUGGAAUAAUAACAUUAUGUUGCUUCCCUUUCUUAAAAGGAAAAUACAGUGCAAAUCACUUUGUAAUAUAAAUUAUUCUUUUUAAAUUUAA